CUAUCAGGAGCUGAGAUGGCAAGUUUUUAUAGGUGAAACAAGAGGUUUGAGACUCCAGUGUAUCCAGGACAGCAUGAGAGUUCGUCCCCGCUACCAACUCUGAAAUCCCAAAAAUUCAACAAGGAUCUCUCUCCAUUCAGGAAUAAGAUGAUGAGUAUUAAGAAACCCACAGGAAAGUUUAAACUCUUAGAGAAGAGAUAUUCGCUUACCAAGUCUAUUAAGAAGAGCAUUGGUGCUGAAGAUAUCAAGGAACUUAUCAAAGACAGCUCCCAAGCAAGUCUAGGAAGUCGCUAUAUGCGGAAUAAAGGUAGAAAUCUUAAAGACUUCCGCAAGAAGACACAGGGUGAAGAAGCAAGGUUCAAAAACAAAUCUGCCUUCAGUACUCACUCCUAAAUACCAUAUCAAGACUAGCAAGAAGCUUAAGAAGAUUAUUAAAAGUAGAAUUAACAUGGAGAAAGCUACAGAAUGAUUCAAGAACAUCAAGAGCUUGAAUAGAGAAAAGUCAGCAAAUAGCCUAAAUGCAAAUUUCACUUCUCAGAGAAAGCCCACUCAAACAUGAAAUAUGGGCACAGAUCCCGAGAGAAGUCUCAAAUGUAGCGAAUGAAUCAAGAGAAAUUCCAAGCAUGGGAGCUUCUGUUCAUGAGAUUUGUUGACCAAAUUAUCGUACAAUUCUAUGCAGGAUCCAAAACUUUUUAGCAUGGAAAUAUCCAAUUUGGCAGAAUCAUUCGAAAGACGCCAAAAAAUAGGAAUUGGUCAGGUCACUUUGAGCACUUCUCAAAUAAAAGAGCUUCUCAAAGAUUGUUCACGUACGAUCAAUGAAAUGAUCAGAGAUUUUGAGGAAAAGCAUGAAAAACAGAAGCUAAAACAUCUAGAUGCUCUAGUAGAGCAAUCGAAGGAGAUCCAGCAACUAACCAAGUCUAUCCAUGAGUUAGCUUUAGGAAAUAAUGCUUUAAAGGCUCAGGUAGAGGCUCUUAAAUCAUCUGCAUCACUUCCAGAAAUAGACGAUGUGUAUUCCUUAAAGCAAAAGAAUGAUGAGCUAGAAGAGGAAAUCCAGGAGUUAAUGGAUAAAAUUAAAUACACAAGGCAAAGAGAGAAUAAGAUAUUAUAUCUAUUCUAUUGCGCUCAAGAAGAAGGGAUUCCCCUGCAGGAUAUAUUUGAUAAGAAGAUACGCAAAAUUCCAACAGAACGAUUUGAAGGAAUAAUAAACUCAGAAGCAUCUAAGAUUGAAAUUGAUCAUAACCAAAUCCGUAACAAAAAGAAGGAGAUGGAUGAUUCUAUUGAUGUAUCGAGUCAUGUUCCUUCUGUUUCAUACGAAACUAGUUAUGAGCCUAUUGCUCAAGGAAAACAGAAAAAAAUUAAAAAGCCAGAUUGUAUCAAGACUCUAAACUUUGAUUGACUUUCAGCAUUUCGAGGGAGUUCAACAGACCAAAAUUCAAAGACUAACAAUUUUUCUGAAUUAUUGAAGGCAGAUAAUUUCCGGAGUAAAAAGAGUAUAUCUCAUUUUGAUGAGCCAAGACAGUUUCAUGGAUCCCAUAAGAAGAUGCCUUCGAUCAUCAUGCCUCAGUGAGAGUUCGAUGUUAAUCUCAGUAAAGCUACUAGGCAAUCACAGUAGUGCCUACCUUCACCAUAAUUUAUAAAUUACGGACAAAUUAUAAUU